UCGGAGCCGCUGAGAUGCAGAAAAGCUCCGCAGAAGAUGAGUGCGUGGAUUCAGGAGCCGAGACUGGAGGGUCUGACUACAGUCCUCUGUCCUCAUCCAGCAGUGAGUUAUCGAUGGGCGAGCUCCAGGACCCGUUCCUCGUCUGCGUCCACCUCAUCGCUGACCCCGGUCAGGGGAAGUCUCUGCAGCGUGCUGCCGAUGGCGUUCUGUCGUGGGUCCAUCCUGAGCUGCAGCUCUUCCGGGUCUCAGAGCGGGCCUCCGUCUCCCGGCCCAAACGCCAUCAGAACGGCGGCCCGGUCGGCGGCGGCCAGCCGGCCCUGGCGGUCAUCGUCUUCCUCCAGGAGGCGCACGGCGGCGAGGAGCAGAUCCUGAUGCUGCACCGCACUCUGCAGCGGCCGCCGUGGCGCUACCACCACACCGAGAAGGUCAGCAAUGGCCGCCGGAUGUUGCCGCUGUCGCCCUGCAGCCAGGACUUCUUCACGCUGUCCGCCGGCACGCCGCUGUGGGCCGUGCGUCAGGUCCACUACGGGAAGGAGAUCGUGCGCUUCACCGUUUACUGCCGACACGAGAACUACGUGGACAUGGUGCGGCUCUACAGGCUGCUGCUGCAGCGCAGGCCGGCGCAGAAGAAGGAGGACUUCUGCUUCUUCGUGGUUUACUCCAACCCGGAGAUGGAGAUCCAGUUGUCCUUCAAGAGGCUCCUGCGAGGUCAGAGUCCCGCGGUGAUGGAGUCGGCCGUGAUGGAGGUGAGGGUCCGAGAUGUCGGGACGCUGGUGCCGCUGCUGCCUCACACCUGCAGCCCGAUCAGCGAGGUCCGCUGGCAGACGGAGGACUACGACGGAAACAAGAUCCUGCUGCAGGUCCGAGGGUCUCUCUUCAGACCGGAUCCCGUCUUCGUAUCGUCCUCCGUCUCCGAGUCCGUCUCGGCUCCGUCCACCUUCCUCCGCAGCGCCGCCUCCUACAGGAACCGCCGACACCACCAGCACCACCACCGGUCCACGACCCGACCCAGAGCCCAGCACCCUGAGGCCUGCGAGGACCAGCAGGACCAGCAGGACCAGUGGACCACCUGGAGGCCUCAGUGGGGCUCGCCCAGCUCCUCCCGCUCCGCCUGCUCCUCCCCGGCCUCUCCCCCCCCCCAUCACCGGAGCUCCUCCCUCCACCGGAGCUCCUCCCUCGUCCCGCCCUUCCGUCUGAACCUGGACGCUCUGAUCGGGGCGGAGGAGACGGACGUGGACACGGGGGACAAAGUGAGUCCUCUGGGCAGCGUGGACCUCAGCGUGGUGUCGGCCUACGUCAGGUCCAGCCUGCCGCAGACUUCACGCCCGUUAUCGGCGCCGCCCGAGGACAUCGGUCCGUCUCUGGAGGUCGCUGACAGAGCCGCCACGCUGGGCCGCAUCCCAAACAGCUCUGCCUGCACCUUGUUCGGGUCGUGUUUCCUCGGCGGUGUGAGUGCUGCUCCGUCUCUUAGCGACGGCUCCGUGAACCAAUCAGACAGCUGCAGCGUCAUCAGUGCUCCGGUGGAGGAGGAGGAGCAGGAGGAGGAGGAGGAGCAGGAGGAGGAGCAGGAGCAGGAGGAGGAGGAGUUCUACAUCUGAGGUGUCGUUGAGGACUCACUCUGCUUCCUUCACAUCUUUCCUUGGUGAACGUUGUUUUUGUUUCCUGUAGGUUAAAUGUGGAUGUUAAGGACCAAUCAGAUCACAGAGACACUAAUCAAUAAACGGUUCCUUCAUCAUGUCUGCUUUUAGGAGACGUUCACACCUUGAUUCUCCAUUUUAUGCAUUCUAAAGUGUUGAUUGAACUGUUCUGAAUUGUAUGAGAAUAUAAUAAACUUUAUUGAUACAGAGAACAGUUAAUGAGAAGCAGCUUAAAGGUGCUGUGUUUAAUGUGUCUCUACUAAAAUACAAUACAAUCUGAAUUCACAUUCAUCAGUUUGGAAUAAAAAAA